AUGGCCAAUAAAGUUCUAGAAACAAUAAUAGAUAGAUUACGUGCAGCAAAAUAUUAUUCUGUAAUCCUCGACUGUACACCAGACGUAAGUCAUCAAGAACAACUAUCCUUUACACUAAGAUUUGUUAAUAUAAAAAGAAAAAUUGAAGUUAAAGAACAUUUCAUUGGGUUUAAAACGGUAGAAAGCUCUACAGGUUUGAGUUUAACAGACCUUCUUCUAAAAACUCUUGCAGAGAAGAAUAUUCCUUUUCAAGAUUGUCGGGGGCAGGGAUAUGAUAAUGGUGCUAACAUGAAAGGUAAAAAAAAAGGAGUUCAAGCGAGAGUUUUAUCAAUGAAUCCUCGUGCCACCUUUGUUCCAUGCAAUUGCCAUUCUUUAAAUUUAGUUGUAUCAGAUGCUGCAUCUUGUUCUAUAAAUUCAAUUACAGUUUUCGGCGUACUCCAAAGAAUUUAUGUUUUGUUUUCAUCAUCGGUAAAUCGAUGGAAAAUUUUAACUGACAAUAUAACAGGGUUGACUGUGAAACCUCUAAGUGACACAAGAUGGGAAAGUAGAAUCAACAGUGUAAAAGUUGUUCGUUUUCAAACUGAGCAAAUUUACAACGCGCUUAUUAAACUAUCUGAAGUUGAAAACAUAGAUGCUGGAACGCGCCAUGAAGCUGUUUCGCUUGCUGAUCAACUUACAGAUUUUAAAUUCCUAAUAUCAUUAGUUGUUUGGUACGAUAUUCUUUUUCAAGUAAAUCUAGUCAGUAAAAGUAUGCAAGCAAAAGCAAUGGACUUAAUAAAUGGUUCUAAUAUGUUAAAAAGUGCUUUAGAGUUUAUGAAGAACUAUAGAGAUCAAUUUGAUCAGAUUUUAAUCAAAGCAAAAGCAAUAGCAGAUGAAUUAGGGGUGGAUCCUGAAAUAAAAGUAGUUCGGAAGCGUAUAAAAAAAAAACACUUUGAUUAUGAGUGUUCAGAUGAUGCUGAUCAUAGAACUGCAGUAGAAAAAUUUAAACAUGAAUUUUUUUACACAUUAAUGGACGUUGUUACUACAUCAUUGACAGAUCGUUUUGAACUUUUAAAGAUCCAUGUUGAUUUAUGGAAUUUUUUGUACGAUUUAAAAAAUGCACCCGUAAAUGAAAGUGAAUUAUUAAAACAUUGUAUGGAUCUACACAAUCACCUCAAAGAUGGGUCUGACUCUGAUAUUGAUGGUGUCGAAUUAUGCACAGAGAUUCUGAACAUUAAGCAAUUAUUAAUUUCUUAUUUGGACAUAAGUUCACCUCUUAAUAUUCUUCAAUACAUUUUUGACUUUGAACUCCAAGACAUAUUUCCAAAUCUUUGGAUUUCAUUAAGAUUAUUAUUGACGUUACCAGUGACAGUAGCUAGUGGUGAGCGGAGUUUCUCCAAAUUAAAACUCAUAAAAACAUACUUACGAUCUACUAUGGCUAAUGAACGUUUGGUCUCAUUAUCGGUGUUAUCCAUAGAAAACGAAAUAGCUGCGGAAAUCGAUUUUUCUACAAUUAUACAAAGUUUUGCGGAGAGAAAAUCAAGAAAAGUGUGGAUCGAUAAGAAAUUUAAAUAA